CCUACUUCUAGACAUUGCUAGAUAGCUAUUAUUGAUUUGGGAUUUUUCUUUUCAUUUCUUUUUUCUGGUCGGAAAGAUCUACCUUGAAUGUCAGGACGUUCAUGCCAUUUACAUUCACCGGCCAGUCAUUUUUUUACACUUCUGCCUACCUUCUCUAUAAAUAUUUUAUAUCUUCUUCCAAUAAUACAUAUUUAUAUGCAUGUCAAUGCAAUCUCACCAAAUGAUCACAUGGCUUCAUUCCACUUUCACCCGUGUCAUGUUUGUGCUACGUGCCUGCCGUAUGUUCAUGCAGCUCCCUGCUGCAUACAACUCAUAAUACGACGGCCGAUCUCUGACGCAUUCCACAUCCUAUGCUUAUUAUAGCAACAAUAAUAACAUGCGGAGACCCCAUGUUAUUAACUUUCGUGGAUCGUCAUUGCGUCAUAAUAUCCAACUAAUCUA